UGGAAUUUAGACGUUUGUUGUGAAUUUGUUUCAUAUUAUUUAUUCGCCUUCCGUCGUUUUGUGUAAUGAUAGUUAGAUAGAAAAUAAAUCUUUUUUACUUUACACUAGAUAGAGGGCGAGAAAUAUUUUCCUUGAGUCUCUAAAUGUAGUAGUAAUGUUUGUCGAGCGAAUAAUUUUGCCUGUGAUCUACCUCGGAUUAAAUGUUAUCGCCUCGUCUUCUGCCGAGGAGGUGGAGAUCAGGGAAGUAGCGGUGGACAAAGGCACGAAUGUGACGAUACCCUGUGGAGGGCUGCUCACCUUGCCGCCUCCAAACGUGUUGUGGGUGCAUAGAGGAAACCGCACACAUCAUGAAGUUCUGCUGGACGGAAGCCUGCUCCUGAUCCAGAUCGAUGUGGACGACGCUGGACUGUACGAGUGCGGCGUCGAGAACGAGACGGCAUUCGUGGACAGAGUCAACCUGACUGUGCGAACGGAGCCCCCACCACUGGUGAACGUCACUGUCCACGCGUCAACGAUCCUGGCGCUCAUUCUGUGGAACGUGGCGGGGGACGGUGGACAUCCGAUCAUAGACUUCACAGCGCAGUACAGGUCCGCCGCGCCCGUCAACGGCACCCUAGAGCCGUGGAGGCCUAUCAGCCCUAACCAUAUCAGUCCGAAUUCGCGUCAAAUCGACGUGUACCACCUAGACACAAACGCGUCGUACUGGUUCCGAGUGUGGGCCACCAACGUGCUGGGCCCAGGACCGCCAGUGGAAGUCCUCGCCACCACUCUGUAUAGUGACCAGGAGGCAGAGCUAUACAAGCAUUUCUUCUCGGAGGAGGCGGCGCAGUUCGACACGCGCACGUGGGUGGCGGCCGUGUGCGUGGUGAUGGGCACGCUGGCGGUGCUGGCGGCCGGCACGUGCGCCGUGCUGUGCCGCGAGUGGCGCCGCUCCGAUUACGGUGAUGAGCAAGACAUAAUAGAAUUAGUGCCUAACAUAAUUCUGAAUCCUGGAUUCAUGGAGACUGAUCCGGUGCGACCGCGGGAGCCCUACGCCGCGUCCAUCAUCAGGUCGACGGAGUGCCCCGGCCCGGGUAAACCUCGGCGAGUCUGAUUUUCGUCCAUUCUUAACCUGAGGAUAUUCUAUCGAACCGAUUCAGGGCUGUUGUCAUGAUUUUAGUUCAUAUGUUGGUGGAUAUUUUUUUUUUACGAUUAAGUAACACAUGUUAAACAUUUUUUUUAUCUGAAAUAAACAAAAAAAAAUUCGAGAUUCGAAUAUUAUUUUCUUAAAAAAAUGUUGUUAAAUUUAAUAAUAAGAGUUAUAUUCAGUCAGGCAUAUCGGUCUAAUGCUAUUUGUUUUAAUCGAUACGAUAGAAUGUGCUGCUGGUUUUUUUAUACGAGGCUCGAGUUUGUCUUAAUAUUUAAGAAGUCGGGGUGCUUCGCUCAUAAAUAUGUCCUUUCUCCUAACUAUUUCACUUUUUUGCAUUCAAUUUUUACACCAGAAAAAUAUAUGAAAUAUUUAUGAAGGUGUUUUUUUCUGUUCUAAUUAAAUAGUUUAGGAGAAAUAGCAUAUUUAUUGGUUGAAUAUUCUGACCCUGUUCUAGCUUAUACUUAAUCACUGAGAGAGAUAAUUUCUAGCGUAAGCGUUCACUUUUAAAUCGUUAACACUUUGCUUGUCCGCAAAAUUGUGUUAUAUAUUGACUAUUUAAGGAACUGACACGCUGGCGUUUUGUAUUUUGGAUAAAUUGUAUUUUUUUGAUCAUGAGUCUGACAGAAACGCUUUAUUUUCGACUUUGGCAAUACCCGUAUAUAGGAAUCUUAUUGCUUACCGUUGCAAAUUGUUAAUGAUGUUAGCUAGUAAGGUAGCUGCUUCGCAGUGUAGCGGAAUAAAAUAAUUUUAAAUAUAUUUUAUAUAAAAUUACGACGCGUUUUAAUUAUUUAUAACAAAGAACUAUGCAAAUGUGCUAUAAUAAAUACGAAUGUUUAAAAAAACA